AUGUCGCGCGCUCGGCAGUCGAUCUACCCUGCUCCCGUCGCGCCCACGUACUGGUCAACACUGGACCAGUGCUCACAGCACCUGCAUGCGAGCUGCUCUAACGUAAGACUGCCCAUACAAAGCCACCAGCUCGGGAUUCCCUGUCGCUCGUGUCCCCUCUUGACGCGUCGAGGCGCGUGAUGUUGGUUGACUGCCGAGCAUGGAGAUGCUGGCUGAACGCCGAGCGUCGAAGGUGUUGCACAAAAGGACCUGACGUUCCUUGUCUCGAUCGUGUUGUCGUGAUACAGUUGAAUGCAGCCUCCAUCAGGCUCCACCAUGGCACGUACGACUUCCCGAGGCUGGCUCAGGUCGUCAACAAUCGCAGGGUACGUUGGUUGAGCUUUCCGAGUGUUUUGUGUGCAGUGAGUCCAACUCACUAUUCCAUCGAUGCCACACUACUCCACAGGCGUUUGAUACGGUCACCGAAUCAGAAGUGACGGCUGCCCAGCGCGAACUGGCGCACGAGAUGAAGCCCCAGAUCUCGGAGCUAAUCCAACGGGCGGAAAAUGGACUCGAAACGAUGAAGAAGCGGGAGAGGCUGUUGCGGACGAAGGUGAGUCGAUCGACAUCCUUGUUGGUCUUUACCAUCAAUAAGAGUAGGCGCUAACCAGGACGCAAUGGUCUGCCCAUGCAGGUCGAGAAGCGGGCGACGUUGCCGAGUCCAGCGCCUCUGGUCGCGCCGAAUCUGGGAGCACUCGAGAGCCAGUUGGAAGUGCUGCGGCAGAAGAAGGAAGCCCUGGGAAAGCAGGUCGAAGGGUUGGAGCAGCAACUGGCCGACGUGAACAAGCCAAGAGGGGCGUUAGGUCGACGAGUCGGGGGACAGCAGAGGUAA